AUGAGCAUCAGGACCCCACCCACACUCCUGCAGCUGGCAGGAGAGAGCCUGCUGAGGGACCAGGCCUUGGCCAUUGCAGCUCUGGAGCACCUGCCCGCCGAGCUCUUCCCGCCACUGUUCAUUCAGGCCUACCUUAGUAGAAGCCACCAGUCCCUCAAGGCGAUGGCACAAGCCUGGCCCUUCACUGUCCUCCCUCUGGGCAGCAUGUCCCAGCUGUCACUGGAUGAGGGCUUCAAAGCCGUGUUGGAUGGGCUUGACGUUCUGCUUGCCCAGAAGGUUCGCCCCAGGAGGUGGAAACUGCGGGUGCUGGAUUUAAGGAACCUGGGUGCUGACUUCUGGAGAAUGUGGUGUGGAGACAGCACCCUGAAGCGCUCACCGACAGGACGAGUGACUGUGCACAGGUCCAGCCCCAACAUGGUGCACCCCUUAGCUCCCGUGGAGGUGUUCCUAGACCUUAACUUCAAUGACAGGGACAGGGAUGAGUUGUUCAUGUACGUCAUCCAAUGGGCCCAGCAGAGGGAAGGGCUGCUACACCUGUGCUGCAAGACGCUGAGGAUUGGUGAGGUGCCCUUCCAGAGGGUGAGGAAGGUCCUGGAUGCGGUGCAGCUGGACUGCAUCCAGGAGGUGGAGGUGAACCGCAUCUUGGACCUGCCCACCCUGGGGACGUUUGCUCCUUAUCUGGGUCAGAUGAGGAACCUGCAGAGACUCUCUCUCCCCCACAUCCACGUGUUGGCAGGGGAGGAAGAGGAGCAGGAGGAAGAGGAGUGGGACAAGGAACUGCAGGAGGAGCAGGAAUCCUUUUCCCAAUUCCUCUCUCAGAUGCUCAGACUGCAUCACCUCAGGGAGCUCGACAUGGAGUCCCCCUCCUUCCUCAGAGGCCGUCUGGACCAGAUGCUCAGGUGCCUGCAGACCCCCUUGGACAAACUCUCCAUGACAAAUUGCCGGCGGCUGAUGCAUUCAGACCUGACACAUCUGUUCCAGUGCCAGAAACUCAGGCAGCUGAAGUCUCUGCAUCUCUUUGGCGUCAGCCUCGCCGAUUUUCAGCCAGAGCCCCUCGGAGCUCUGCUGGAGGCAGUGGCACCCACCCUCCAGGAUCUGGGCUUAGAUAACUGUGCCAUGGUGGACUCCCAAGUCGAGGCCAUCCUGACUGUCCUGAGCCGCUGUCACCAGCUCAGGGAGUUCACCAUCUCUGAGAACAACUUCUCCGUGGCCACCGUGGGGAAGCUGCUGCGUCACACAGCCGGGCUGCGCAGUUUAGAGGUGGAGCUGUACCCCGUCCCCCUGGAGUGUUACACGACCCCGGACACUAUCAACCAGGAGAGACUUGCCCUGGUCCGGGCUGAGCUGACGGGGAUACUGAGGGAGUUAGGACAGCCCAGGACUAUCUGUCUUGGCACCAAGCACUGUAAGCGAUGUGGCAUCAGUAAAUUUUAUGACGUUGAGUUUUUAUGA